AUGUAUGAUGAAGAUGAAGGUGAAACUUCCCAAAUGCUGCCUAAGGGAAUUUUCCAAAUUCAGAAAGGUCACCUAGUUGUCUACGUUGGUGAUGAUUGCAAGAGAUUUGUGAUCAAAGUAGGUACACUCAGCCAUCCAUUGUUCCAAGCAUUGUUGGAGCAUGCAGAGGAGGUGUUUGGAUUCAGCAAUGGUUCCAAACUCCACAUCCCUUGCAGUGAGAACAUUUUCCUUCACGUUCUUCAUAAUGCUGGUGAUCUUGCUCAGGAUCGAAGGCUCGUCCAUUGUUUCUAG